AUCGUUCGUUUGACAGACACUGUCAAAGUGUCAAGUAGAAGAGGAGUGGAUUGUUCAGUUUUGUGAUUGUUAAUUUCAUAUAUUUUAAUUUUCGUGGAUAGAAAAUAAGCAGAAAUCAUGGACGACGAUUUACCGACCGAUUUCCAGGUCAUCGUUGUGGGGACAGGAAUGGUGGAGUCCAUAGUGGCCGCCGCCUGCAGCAGAAUAGGAAAGAAUGUCUUGCAUCUAGACUCCAGUGAUCAUUAUGGAGGUCUAUGGGCUUCAUACAAUUUUGAUGGACUACAGAAAUUUAUCAAAGAAGUCAACUCUGAUCCAAAAAGACAGUUGCAGGUCUACAAUUUAGCUGAAAAAUGGUAUAUUGAAAAGGAAUCGGCACAAGAUGAGAAGAAGGAAGAGGGUGGGGAAGAAAAGCCCGAGGAGGCGAAAGCAGAGCCAGCUAAGAAAGUGUGGAGCCAGGCCAACUUCUCUGCAGAAUAUAGGAAGUUUAACAUUGAUAUGACACCUAAGCUGCUGUUCUCUCGCGGUCCACUCGUCGAGCUGCUGAUCUCCUCAAACAUCGCUCGUUAUGCGGAGUUCCGAUGCGUCACCAGGGUCUUGACGUGGCUCAACGAUCGCCUUAUGCCUGUACCCUGCUCCCGAGCUGAUGUCUUCGCGACUGAAGCUGUGGGUAUCGUUGAGAAACGCCAACUCAUGAAGAUGUUAACGUCUAUCGUUGGAUAUAAUGAAGAGGAAAUGAAUAACGAAUUUAAAGAUUGGAAUGACAAGACAUUCAAAGAGUACUUAGCACACAAGGGUCUGACUCCUAAUUUAAUCCACUACGUGUUGUACGCGAUCGCGGGCGGCACCAACAACAUGCCUUGCUUGGAGGGCGUCAAGGAAUGCAAGAAGUUCCUCAUGAGCCUCGGUCGCUAUGGCAACACUCCCUUCCUGUGGCCCAUGUACGGCAGUGGAGAACUACCCCAGUGUUUCUGCAGAUUGUGCGCUGUUUUCGGCGGCGUGUAUUGUCUGAACCGGCCGAUCGACAAGGUUCAAACAAAGACGGUAGAUGAGGGAAAAACUGUGGUCACGAUUGACAGCAAAUCUAAGACCUUGAACUGCGACCAUUUAGUGAUCGGCAUCAACGAAUGUCCUAAGGACUUGAUUUCACCGGAGCCAGCGGAGAGCAGCGACAUAUCGAAGGCGGUGUUCAUAACGAAUGGCUCCAUAAUGAAGAAUGACAAGGAGCCGCUGACCCUGCUUCGCUUCCCUCCACAGUCUGAUGAUGAUCACGCCGUCACCGUACUCGAAGUUGGACCUGCCACCGGCUCUUGCCCCAAAGGACUGUUUGUGGUGUACUUCAUUACGAACAAGGUGAAGGAUGCCGAGUCUGACCUUAUGGGCAUCGCGGAGAAGAUCUUUGACAUGUCAGGCGGCGACCAAACUGCUGAGUCUGAAAAACCCAAGUGCUUGUGGUCAUUGUUCUACAACGUGAAGGAUACGAGCGCGGCCGUAGCCAGCGUUGCAGACUGCCUACAUGUUUGCUCCGGACCUGAUGCAGGACUCGACUUCGACCGCGCAGUCGAACAGGCCGAGCAGAUCUUCAAGAAGAUCUGUCCAGGCGAGGAGUUCCUGCCGCGCGCCCCCGACCCAGAGGAGAUCGUGUUCGAGGACGACGUGACGCACGGGCCGGAGUUCCAGCGCGAGCACGACGACGAGGCCGACGGAGACGCACCCAAGGAGUAGGCGCUUCAUGCCACGUGCAGCGUUUUAAUCAACAUCAGCACGUUUGAGCGAGUUCCCGUGCUUCCAUGGUCCUAGAAAAUGUGGAUAACCCCAGUUUAUACCAACACCGAAUAGCCUUCGCAUACAACUGAACAAACUUCGCUAAUCGCAUCCGCACCAUCAUACUUCGUAUCCAUAUACCGAGGCGUCCACUGUUUCCUAGGUCCACAACUUUUUUGCUCUAAUUUAAGUCCAUAUCAAUAUUUCCAAAUACUAUAAAACACGCUGAAACGUGCUGAAUUCAGCUAAGAUGUAAUCUCAGUAAGAUUUAUACGCUUUGGUCGCUUGACUUCGUGCAUUCCGACUGGUGCGUUAGGAUUGAGAAAGUAAGACACAGACGUCGUUAUAGCAUGAACUCAGAUUUUACGAGUGUGCUUAUCGGAAAUUGUGGCCGGCUAAGUCUGCCUCAGUGUUUGAUUCAAUAAUAACAGAUAACUCAUCAAUCUUAUCGCUUUGAUAGUUUGAACUUAUAAACGAAUGUGUACCUAGUUUUGGUAGUUUUUUAUAACCGUGUUAUCAAUCGAGACUUGGCCGGUCACUUCCUGCGUCUAUCUGUGGUUCGUCAGGCAGGGUAGACUUUAUCAGCUGGGUUGUCUUGAUAUAGUCAGCAAGAUCAACUUAAAGCACUUUGAGGCUAACAAUUAUUAUAAUCGAUAGAAAUAGUUACUCAGCCAACAUGACGCCGAGAUCUUGUUGAAGACCAGUGUGAUACUGACUUGAUAUCAUCACUAGGUAUUUAAGAUAUAUUUGUAUUACCACGUGGUUGCUGCGCUCUCUACAGAUCAAAUGUAUAAUUCGCCAGUAUUUGGGUUUUAAGUCAAAGGAGUAUUAUUGAAAAUGAUAACAGUACCUACGACGAGCAGCGGUAGUAUUGCUAGCUAGGAUGCAGUUUAAAAUGUUAAGAAUAACAUUUUUGGACGCACCAGUCUAAAUCAUAGAUAGUAGCACAUAUAAUUUUAUUAAGUUAUUUAGCACUUUUAUGAUAUUUAUUAUCAAAUUAAAAUAAUCAUGCCUGCGCAGCUUGUGCAUUUAUAAUUCCAAUAAAUUGUGAUUAUUAGAAUA